GUUAGGUUGUGCUGACCCGAAGUUAUUAGGCAGAAAAGAGUAUAAUAAGUUGAGAAACUGCGAGAUCUCAGAAAUCACCUUUCCUACAAAGUACAAACCCCAAAAAUACCAUUUCUUCGUUCCAAAAACUGAACUGUUAAUUGUUUGAAGCUUAACAAUAAUGGCGCUAAAUCUUCGUCAAAAGCAAACUGAGUGCAUUACGCGGAUGUUAAAUCUGAACCAGCCGGUGAAUGCGGGUGCCACUGCCAAUGAGGAGGUAUACAAGAUCCUCAUUUACGAUCGCUUUUGUCAAGACAUUUUAUCCCCUUUGAUCCACGUCAAGGACCUUCGCAAACACGGGGUUACCCUUUACUUCCUCAUCGACAAGGAUCGCAAACCCGUCCACGAUGUUCCUGCUGUCUACUUCGUCCAACCCACCCAUCCUAAUGUACAGCGUAUCGUUGCCGAUGCCUCCAACUCUCUUUACGAUUCCUUCCAUUUGAACUUCUCCUCUUCUAUUCCCAGGCCCUUGCUCGAAGAUCUCGCUUCAGGCACGAUUAAUUCUGACUCGAUUGAAAGGAUCUCAAAAGUGCAUGAUCAGUACUUGGAGUUUGUCACGCUCGAGGAUAAUUUGUUCUCACUUGCCUACAAGAACUGUUAUCUUCAGCUGAAUGAUCCCUCUGCCGGGGAUAAAGAAAUCGAAGAGAUCAUUGAAAAGAUUGUUAGUGGCUUAUUUUGUGUGUUGGCUACUCUUGCUGUUGUCCCUAUCAUCAGGUGUCCCCGUGGUGGGCCUGCUGAGAUGGUGGCAUCCCUGUUGGAUCAGCGAUUGCGAGACCAUUUAUUAGCUAAAAAUAAUUUAUUCUCUGAGGGUGGGAAUUUCACUAGCUCAUUUCAGAGGCCAAUUUUGUGUUUAUUCGAUAGAAACUUUGAGUUGUCGGUAGCUAUACAACAUGAUUUUAGGUAUAGGCCACUUGUUCAUGAUGUGCUAGGUUUGAGAUUGAACAGGUUGAGUGUGCAGGGAGAGAAAGGUGGAAUGAAAUCAUUUGAGUUGGACAGAUCUGAUCCAUUCUGGGUGGCAAAUUGGUCAUUGGAGUUUCCAGAGGUUGCUGUGGAGAUAGAAGCUCAAUUGAACAAGUAUAAGAAGGAUGUUGAGGAGGUAAAUAAACGGACUGGUGGGAACUCAGGGGCUGAGUUUGAUGGGACAGAUCUGGUUGGCAAUACCAAGCAUUUGAUGAAUGCUGUAAAUUCCCUGCCGGAGUUGACAGAGAGAAAGCAAAUCAUUGAUAAGCACACCAAUAUUGCUACAGCAUUGUUGGGCGAGAUCAAGGAGAGGUCCCUAGACUCGUAUGCAAAAAAGGAGAACGAUAUGAUGGUAAGAGGUGUCAUUGAUCGCAGUGAGCUCAUUGGAGCUCUCAAGGGAAAAGGGACUAAGGUGGAUAAGCUGCGAUUUGCUAUCAUGUAUCUUAUCUCGACUGAAAGCUUACCUCAAUCAGAAGUUGAAAUGAUUGAAUCAGCACUUAGGGAGUCUGAGGUCGAUACCACGGCAUUUCAGUAUGUAAAGAAGAUAAAAUCAUUGAAUAUCUCUUUAGCAUCAGCAAAUUCUGCUAGUAGGAGCAACAUCGUCGAUUGGGCUGAAAAGCUCUAUGGGCAGUCAAUCAGUGCUGUAACUGCAGGUGUGAAAAAUUUAUUAUCCAGUGAUCAUCAGCUGGCUUUGUCAAGAACAGUGGAAGCACUAAUGGAGGGGAAACCCAAUCCAGAGAUUGAUUCUUAUAUUAUUUUUGAUCCUCGUGCAUCCAAGUCAAGCUCUGGGAUGAGUAGCAGUCAUCUGAAAGGACCAUUUAAAGAAGCUAUUAUCUUUAUGAUAGGUGGUGGUAACUAUGUGGAGUAUGGAAGCUUGCAAGAGCUUGCCAAUCGUCAACAGCCAGUUAAGCAUGUCAUAUAUGGGACAACAGAAAUUCUUACCGGAGGUGAGUUCAUCGAGCAGCUUGCACAGCUGGGGCAGAAGAUGGGAUUGGGAACUAGUGUCGCAACACCAGCCCAUUAAUGCAGAUGCUCUUUUUGUACAAUCCCUGAAGGAAACCCUUUUCGUGUUCAGUAUUAACUUUCUGCACUUUAUCAGGCUACAUGAGCAAAAUAUACACUUGAACCUAAUUGUCUGUUGAAUUUUUGGAGAAGAAUUUAUUGACCAUAUGCGUCAUAGUUCUCCUAGAUUCCGAUAUUUGGCUUAGAUGCAUAGAUAUUUUAAAUAUAGAAGAAUUCAUAUAUAAGUGCAAAUUUCUGUGGAGUUGUUUUAUAACUGUUGUUCUGUAGUUGACACACUUGGCGCUGUUUGUCUAACGUCCCUCACCGUCCAAGGUGGUUUCUUUGUAUUCCAGAUAAUUCUUUAUUUCCUGUUUUCUGGUAUUUGAAGUUGCUUUUCUCAUUCAGUAAAAACAUGUUUAUGUUCCUUUUUGUAAAGCUGCAUGAUUGGGCACAGCUUGACUUCUCAACUUAAAUGUGCAUGCAUCGCUGGCUUUUCAGAAUCAGUAGUCUGGGAAGAGUCACAUGUGACGAAGAACAGCUCAAUGUGGUGUAGUCUAUUUGACUGCUUGUCAAUCUCAAUUUCAUUUUUGGGUGAAUAAGGUGGCAGUUCAUAUUGACAGAAUUCUUUUCAUGCAUAAAAUGCAUUUGUAAGUGUUUAAGUUCUUAAUUAGCUUGGUAACUACUUUCUCGUUAUUAUUGAGUCAUUAUUUCUAGCUGCUUCAUUAUACUGCUAGCUUUUUCACGGAUAGAAACUUGUUUUCUGCAUAUCACAGAACUUCUGUUAUUCUUUGGGCUUACCUUGAAGCAUGUGGAUGGUGCAAUAAAGUAGAAGUCUUGAGUGGAUUGAGACUAUUCAUGCUUCUUCCAGCUUACUAGAAUAAAUAUUCAACUGGCUCAUAAACCCAAGAUAAAUCAAUGCUUUAGUAACCCAAGAUAAAUCAAUUCCAUUAAAAGGGAUUUUGGUCUUCCUCAGUUUGUAACAAUAAAACACAUGCGACACUUUCCAGUUGAGGCCCCUGUCUUCAUCUAGAGUUGGGAAAUAUGAAUAUAACCGUAGCAAUCAGUACUACGUAACCGUUUUGUUUUACAAACAUAAUCGUCUCACAUGCCACUGUAUAAGUUUUGACACUGAUAUUUCAUCCUACCGAAAUCAAUAUAUAUAUAAAGGAGGAUUAGAGGCAUGCUGAUGUGGGAUGCCUCAAAAUCCAGCGUUCCUAUUUAUCUAAUUUCUGUUUUUUUUAGCUUUUACCACAUUGUUUUGCAUUUUUCCCUUUAAAAAAAGGCUUUGUAAAAUUAAAAAUAAUCGUUUCGGUUUCAACUUUACUGCGCAAUGAAGGCAAAUAAAAAACAUUUAAGAAUGGAGACUUUUGCCUUUUCAAGUUCUCCAUUCUUAGACGUUCACGGUAUUGUAUAUAUGGACAAUUACAAAAUGUUUCCAAGUCAAUCUUGAGAAAUAGUGUGAAUUAUAUUCCAAUUUUAAUCGUGGAUAAAUUUCAAUAUUGGGACUUGGACUUCGAUGUUAUCUGGGUAUGAGAAAUAUGGGGGGUUUUGUGAUGCUGUUGAUGUGUUUGAAGCAAUGCCUGAGAAGAAUGUCAUGUCUUAUAAUGUGAUGUUGAGUGGGUAUUUGGGGAUUGGUGAUUUUAUGAGUGCAUGGAAGGUGUUUGAUGAAAUAGGUGAGAGAAAUGUUGCGUCUUGGAACGCGAUGAUUAAUGGGUAUGUGAAGGUGGGUAGGAUGAGGGAAGGGUGUUAGUUGUUUGAUGAAAUGUCGGAGAGAAAUGAGGUGUCGUAUACAAUUAUGAUUUCGGGGCGUGUUGGGGUAAGUGAGUUUGAGGAAGCGUGGAGGUGGUUUGUGGAUAUGCGUAGGAGGGGAGUGAUGCCGGAUCAGAAUGUGUUCUUGGUGGUUUUUUCGGUGGUUAUUGGAUUGGAUAAUGUAGUGACCCUUGCAAUUUAGUGACAUUGGCUAUGAAAAUGGGGUAUAGCGAGGAUGUUGUAGGAACUGUGAUUUUGAAUGCAUUCACGUGAGUUGGGAAUUUGGAUAUGGCGUUGAGGUAUUUUGGGAAUUUGCCCGAGAAGAACGAGUUACUCGUGGACAACGAUGAUUUCAGCUCUCUCGCAAUGUGGUAGGUUGGAAGAUGCAGUUGCACUGUAUAUACAAGUUCCCGAACAGACUGUUGAGACACAAACUGCAAUGAUGAUUGCAUAUGCUCAGAGUGGGAGGAUAGUUGAGGCGAGGAAAGUGUUUAACGACAUUAGGAACCCAAACGUCCUUAGUUGGAAUGCUCUGCUAGCUGGAUAUAUGCACAAUGGCAUGAUUGAGGAGGCUAAGGAGUUGUUCAAGCAAAUGCCUACAAGGAAUGUAGCAUCUUGGGCGGCAAUGAUUCCUGGGGUAGUGCAUAAUGGUCAAAGUGUGGAAUCUCUGGAGUUGAUGGCUCAGAUGCAUAGAUUAGGGAACAUUCCAAGCGAUUCGAGCUUCACAAGUGCUCUUUUGGCAUGUGAAAACGUUGGAGACGUUGAGGUGGGGAGACAGAUACAUUCUCUUUCAUUCAAAGCAGGGUGCCAGUAUAAUCCAUAUGUCGGGAAUGGAUUGAUAACCAUGUAUGCUAAAUGCAAGAACUUGGAAGAUCAUGUGGAGACACUUGGCUUAAAAAGGUCAGAUGUAAUAUCCUCCCCCUCCAUCCCUGCAGGCCACUCUUAUAAUUUCAGGUUGGAGGAUGCACUGGUGCCACCUAUUUAUGGGUUUGAAGACAAUUACGAGGAGCGGACCAACAAGAUAGUGGAGGUUGUGUGAAUAUUGAGGCAAGGGUUUCCAAUACAAGAUAAGAUGAAAAUAGUAAAGAACUGCUCCGACAGCAGUUUUAAAUCUACUUGGACUACGCCAGCAAAAAAUUAAGCUCCUUUAACAUUGUCUCUAAAUUAGAUUAGAUUAGAUUAGAUUAGGUUAAUUCUUUGCGUAGGAUCCGAAGGCUUGAGUUCGUUUGGGAUGAUGAAGAACAGUUUGAUGAUGUUUCUAGACGCCGCUCCAAGUUGCAAGAAAGCUGAUGCCUGAAUGUGACACCAAGAAAGGGAAAAAUUCACUUCUUAAAGCUGACUAUGAUGGAUGGCUUUUAUAUACUGCUGCCUCUGCUGGGGACUUGGCUUUCGUUCAAGAAUUGCUUGAAAGAAGCCCACUUCUGGAAUUUGGAGAAAGUGAAUAUGGUGUCACUGAUAUAUCAUAUGCUGCUGCUAGGAGUAAAAGUUGUGAUCUUUUUAGGGUUCUGUUAGAUUUUGCUAUCACCCUGAUGUUUUUGGUGCGUGAUGGUGGAGAGAUGGAUAAACACAUUGCUGAGGUUCCAUCUGCUUAUAAAUGGGAGUUUGGGAGAUGAUGAAUAGAGCAAUUCGUGCCGCUGCUAGAGCAAGUAAUCUGCAGGUACCGAAGGAGCUUCUGCUGACUGCUGUGAUGAUAUCUUGGCUUAUAGAGACAUUCAGGGUGCAACUCCCUUGCAUGCUGCUGCUGGCAAGGGCCAGGUUGAGGUAUGACUUGCUUGCUUUUCACUUUGAGCUUUUUGCAUUGAUAUUUCCUUAGCCUGUCUACUUCUAAUUCAAGAUGUGAAUAUAGCUGGGAUAUUUGACCUAAACUUUAUGAUAUACACUGCACACUUGACACACCUCACAGCAAAAAACACACACUAACAAAAAACAAGGGAGUAAUCUCCACACACCUCACAGCAAAAACAGACACUAACAGAAAACGGGGGAAAUAUCAGGCGAAAAAUGGUAGAGAAAUAUGGAGUGAACAGGAGAGAAACAGAGAGAGAGAGCAGCCCUUCUAAUUUUUUUUAAUGUUAGCUUAUAAGUUUUUCCCUUUGACCAUUCAAGUGUUGUGUUAAUAAAAUAUUUUUCUUCUGCAUCCAACUGUAUAUAUGUCAACCAAGAUUGCUUUUUUGCUUUCUCAGUUUAUUAACAACUGUAGAUGAGAUUUGUUUGUUUGUUGUUGCGUGCCAUAUUUGUGGAAAAAUUUAGGGUGAAUGGAUGUUGAGGUUGAUAACAGGAAGACCAGGGCCAAGUGGAUUUGGAUCAGCUACCACUGCUGAGCAAGUUACAGGUUCCAAUCUUACUGCUAUUGUUACAGGUUUCAUUUUUAAUCUCAUUUGUGUAAAAAAUUUCUGCUUUUAUGGAUCUUUUCCAUGGGCUGAUUGGGGACAGCCCGUGUAGCACAAGUUCUAUUUGCUCUGUCAAUACCAAGCAGCAAGCAGACAUUGUUGCUUGCUACCUUCAAGGUGUUGAUACCCAUGCUCUUCCUAGGAGUAAGUUUGUUCUGCCCCUUUUCUGUCUUCAGCAUCGUUGGAUCUCAAAUCUUAAAAUUGCUAAUAAACAAGUUGUACUUCUGUGGGCAAUUCAGGUUUUCCAACAGAAGAAAGCUAGAGCAAGAUAAUUCGGGUGUUUCUAAAAAGGAUAGAGAGGUGACAAACUCCUUGGCAUCAAUUUCAUGUAGAACUGAUUUGAACUCUCAUGAUGAUUGCUGAACUUUCUUAUAUUUAUUCAAUAGCAUGGAUAAAAAAAAUCUUUAAUGCUCUAUAUUGACAAGCUGCUGCCGAUUAUAUGAAGGUGGUCGAGGUAUCCUUCAUGAAGAAAAUCCGUGUUCCAGUACAAAUAGAUCAACAGGUGCUUCCGCUGAUGCAUAUGGUGAAAGUGGGUGUGCGUCUUGCACUCCUCGUAUUAUCUUUUGGUACUCAAGAAGGCUGGCGAACUUAAGUGUAAUCGCUGGGGCUGUUUUCUGGAAAUAGAUUGGCUGCGUGCUGUAAUGCUGAAGAGACGAUUUGCUGACACCAUCAUCAAAGCGAAACAGAAAUCCCUUCCUGUUGAUGUAAUGCCUUGCCUUUUCCUCGUAGAGCUUUGUUGCAUACAUUAUUUAAAGUUGAUUCACAACUGUUUUAUUUUCUAAAAAUCAGGGUGAUAGGGCUGAUUUGCAUAAAAUGCAGCAGGAAAGAGCACAACUGGAAAAUAUUGAUGUUUUUCAGUGGGAAUUGUUGCUAUUGUUCGUUAUUAUAGAUUGUUUUUAAUGGCAAAAAAUUCCCCAUUCUGGUUUUC